AUGCCACUUCUGUCCUCAAAUGGUGUGCUGUCGUUCGAUCGUCCAUUGCCGGGUAUCAUCGAACGAGCUGAGACACUACGGGAAGCGGCAAUAUUCGCUCUUCACGUACAAUACGACUACGCUCGAGAGGGUCUGGUAGCGUACACCUACAUCAAUGAGUCUGACACUUCUGCAUACUCGUUGCUGAGUCGCUCAUCGAUUGGAGUUCAGAACAACUUCCGUCUGAGAAAUUUCCGUACAAAAACACUCCAUCUCUUCACAUUUGACCGUAUGCGUCAAGCUGGCAGCGAAAAUCUGAACUCAUUCCAAAUCGUCCUGGCGCAAUCCAAUGAGGCCACCAUGCUUACACUGAUCUACGAGAAAGACUCAAUCAAAAGGACCAAUGACAGGUACAUCCGCGUCGCAUCACCAACGUCAUCAUUUUUCCUGCUUCCAAACGACAUGCUCUCAUCGCAUUCAAAUGUUGGACAACCUGGGAAGUGGAUGUACCGGAUCGAUAAUGGUAUCACGACUUGUCCUGCUGGUACAGAACAUCCUCCGCUGUGUAACAAAGAUUGUCCUCCUGGACGAUAUGGCUUCUCCUGCCAAGGUUCGUGUCACUGUGCUGCAGGCUUCCCAUGUGACACCACCACAGGAGUCUGUGCAAAUGGUUGUGCUGCCGGAUGGACGGGAUUGAAUUGUGAUCAAGCAAUAGAGCGGUGUUAUUCACGAUUUGGACGAUCCUGCUCCUCGAGUGGGUCUUGCGAGGAAUUCCCAGACGGACCACGAUGCGUCUGUGCGCGAGGUUAUCGCGGCGAUGGAUUCUCAUGUGUUGCCCAGACGCCGAUACAUUCAUCUGUGGAAGAUAUAACGACGCUUCUCAGAAAUGGGCCAAGCCAAGACAAUACCGAUGCUGAUGUCGGCGAUCAUCCGUUUGUGAUGACAGAUUGGCACACCGCCGUCAGAACGAGCCCUCGACCAGCAAUGACUCGAGGACGCCCAGGACCGCAUACUUCCUCAACGGUCCCGUCAAUAGAGAGAACCACUAAGCAAGGAGCCCAAGAAGACAUGGCGGAGGCGACAACUCUGCUGUUCUUGAUUGGUCCUGCUGUGCUCUGCGCCAUAUGGGUGAUCCUAGUCAUCGUUGUUAUAGCGGUGUGCUGUAGGAACAAGCACAGCCAAAGAACACGCAGUGGCAAGCAGGGAAUCUGGAAUCCUCCUUCUCGCAACACCUAUCACAGCCCCAUCGAAUGCCGCUCAACAGUAUCCGUCACGAAUACGACCGUUUGA